AGUAACCCAAGCCAGUACAAACACAGACCAAAUAUAUCCAUUGGCACUCUGCAGUUAAGGAGUGAGUAGGUGGGUAACUGGGUGAAGACUGGCACUAGCGUAGAAGCAAACAGACCAAGAUAAAGAAAGAAAGUUACUGAUUUAUGUUAUAUUGACUAAAGGGGAAAAAACAAAGCAGUCUGGGAUGAACUUUUCUCUUGGCUUCAAAUCAGUGAUGGGAGACUCAAGUUCAAUGGAGAACCUAGAGAAGCAGCUGAUUUGCCCCAUCUGUCUUGAGAUAUUUACCAAGCCUGUGGUCAUCUUACCCUGCCAGCACAACCUCUGCAGGAAGUGUGCCAAUGAUGUUUUCCAGGCCUCCAACCCCCUUUGGCAGAACCGGGGAUCUGUCACUGUGUCUACAGGGGGGCGUUUCCGUUGCCCAUCCUGCCGUCAUGAGGUGGUAUUAGACCGACAUGGUGUAUACGGCCUACAGAGGAACCUAUUGGUGGAAAAUAUCAUUGAUAUCUACAAAUCAAAGUCUACCAGGCCACUUCUGCCCAAAACAGAGCAACAACAGCUGAUGUGUGACCAGCACGAGGAGGAGAAGAUCAACAUCUACUGCCUCAUCUGUGAGACGCCCACCUGCUCUAUGUGCAAGGUGUUUGGGGCCCAUAAGGACUGUGAGGUGGCCCCACUGCAGGUCAUCUUCACAAGACAGAAGACAGAGCUAAGUGAUGCCAUAUCCAUCUUGGUGGCCGGAAAUGACAGAAUACAGGCACUGAUCUCACAGAUGGAAAAUAUUUGUAGGACCGUCGAGGAAAAUAGUCGGCGCCAGAUGCAACACAUCUCUGACAAGUUUGAUGAACUUUAUGGCAUCUUGGAAGAACGUAAAAGGGAACUAAUAGAGACCAUCAGUCGUGAGCAGGACCAAAAAUUGGGCCACGUCCGUUCCCUUAUCCGUCGCCAUGGAGAUCACUUGGAGAUGUCUGUCAAACUGGUGGAGACAGCCAUCCGGUCCAUGGAGGAACCUCAGAUGGCUGUGUUCCUGCAGAGUGCAAAGGAAGUGUUCAAAAAGAUCACAGACACUGCCAAGGCCUCCAACACUGAGCGGCCGGAGGCGGGCUACGAGAGCAUGGCCCACUUCAUCAUUAAUACGGAGAAUGUGGCCGACAUGCUGAGAGGCAUCAACUUCCAAACAGGAAAAGGUGGGGAAGACAGUGUUGAUGAAAGCCCUGAAGUUCUGUCCACCUCGCCUGGCCAGAGUGGUGAAUCAGAGAGAUGUUAACUUAUUUUUACCCCCAAAGUUAGUUUCAGAUGAAAUUGGCCUUUGAAGAAAUUCAUAUUUUCUGUAUUUUCUCCCACAUCCUUACUCUUACGAUGGUAAAUGAUGGUGGGAAAGUACAUUCAAGUUUCCCUCCUCCAUUAGAGUGAAUCUGCCAGGUCAUGCGGACAUCCCAUCUGAUGACAUGAUCGUUCUUUGCAACAAUGCAUUCAUUGUUUUAUUGGGAAAACUUGUUAUUUCACACCAAACUCUAUUAAGGCCCCAAUUUACUUCAUACUAAAUCGAAGAACAAACUUUUAGGAGAUUUCUUACUGGCUGCUAAACACCUUACUCCCAUUGGUCCAUGUCAUCAGUAGGUGUGACCUGAAGUUUAAGUUGUAAACAUUGUAUUUUGUCCAUUAACACUCUUUUAUAUGCCCAUCUUUGCAGUAGUAUCAGUGUCAUUAUAAAUUACAAUAACAGAGUGUAAUCGAUGCAUAUUAUGGCUGUGUAUAGCAUGUUAGCUCAUUAGUUCCAUGAAUUCAGAAUGUGAACAAGACAAACAUUUUCUACUGCAUAAACCGUAUAUUACCUUCAACCAUCAUCGAGUGGUUAAAACAGUUUCUUUUACUGACCUCAUGUGAAUUCUACUCAUAGAAUGAGGCAUAAAGUCAUUGAUAACACAUUUUAAUGUUACAUUAGUUAAGGUUUUACAUGUAGUCUUGAGCAUCCUCAUAUUUAAAUGUACUUCUAAAUGCCUCCCACAGUGGUGUGGCAAGUGUCUGAAUGUUCGCAAACAGUAUACCGCUGCUCGACUGUUUUGAAAUUCUUUUUACCCCUGAAUGAAGAACUUUUCGAACUAAAGUCUCUAUAAAGGCACAAUAAAUGCUAGAAAAUCACUUACCAUUAUAUCAAACACAGUUGAAAGCUAUUUGGUUCAUUAAAUGAAGUUUAUCAUUGUC